GCCUCGACUAUUUGGCGCGUUUUGAUUCCCGCCACGUCUACGUUUUCCUCUGUUUUCAUAUUUGAUUGACCUUUUCUGCAGAGGCAGGCGGUAUUGCUCAUUGGCUGAAUCGUGUUUGUGGGCGGGACUACUGUUGACGUCCUUGGAGCAACCCCUCCCUUUUACUACUGGUAUAUAACGGCUCUUGCCCCUCCUUCACGAUUUAGAAAGCCGGGUAUUUAUGUCUGUCGCGCACCUCAGACAAUAAUAUUUAUCUUCGUAAUAUUAAUCGUUUGUUUAUUUUAUAUUCCAAACUGGAGUAAAGCUUGUGCGAUCGUUUAAAAGGUCGUCUUGCGAAUCAAAACCGCAUCGAGCCUCGAUGAGAAGGGAUUUCUACAGGUUUACACACCGGAUCCUUCACGUCGUAGACCUUCCCUACAUCCAUCUCCACACGACGGAUUUCGACAUCAACAUUGGAAUAACCCUCAAAAAGAACUCUCAUUUUGGAUUAUAAAAUGCUUCUAUCGAAAUUCAACACGUUUGCUCACAUUUCAACCGUGGACAUGCCGGCGAAAAUCCAGCUUCAAGUUAAGGAGAAAGACCCAUUCGAUAAGGUGUACCAGGUCGGCUCUGUGCUGGGAAGCGGUGGUUUCGGGACGGUGUACGCGGGUUUAAGGAUCGCUGAUGGCGCGCCGGUUGCCAUCAAGCAUGUUGCAAAAGAUCGUGUGACUGAAUGGGGAGAGUUGCCCAAUGGCGCGCGCGUCCCUAUGGAGAUCGUCCUGUUGAAGAAGGUCGCCACUGGAUUCCGUGGCGUGAUCAAGAUGUUGGACUGGUACGAGAGAUCGGACAGCUUCAUUAUCGUCAUGGAAAGACCGGAGGCCGUCAAGGACCUGUUUGACUUCAUCACGGAGAAGGGCGCGUUACCGGAGGAGCUGGCCAGGAACUUUUUCCGCCAGGUUCUGGAAGCGGUGCGUCAUUGCCACAACAGUGGCGUAGUUCACCGUGACAUUAAAGACGAGAACAUCCUCAUCGAUCUGCGAACCGGCGAUCUGAAGCUCAUCGACUUCGGAUCAGGGGCAUUACUCAAAGACACCGUUUACACCGAUUUCGACGGUACACGUGUUUACAGUCCACCAGAGUGGAUCAAAUUUCACCGCUACCACGGUAGAUCCGCCACCGUGUGGUCUUUAGGCAUUCUGCUCUACGACAUGGUCUGUGGUGACAUCCCGUUCGAGCAGGACGAAGAGAUCGUACGUGGACAGGUGCUGUUCAGGCGGAGAAUCUCCACAGAGUGUCAGCAGCUUAUCAAGUGUUGCUUGGCCCUCCGCCCUGCAGAACGCCCGUCUUUCGAGGACAUCAUCAACCACCCUUGGAUGCAGAACACAGCGCCCCCUACAGACAACACUGAGAUCAGGCUUCACAGCAUCAGCCACGAGCAUCAGCCUGCUGCGUACCCAGCAGCCACUGUGUGCAAAUGACUCUAUCUGAAUGCAUACAUAGAGACUUUCCAUUACAGCAGCAACCCCCCCGGGGGACCUGUGGACUGAGCAGUGCAAAUAAAAAACAUGUUAUUCUUUUGUUUUGAGCAUUGCUGCUAGGUGGGAGUUCUAGGCUAGGCCAAAAAAAAAGGGAGAGGUCCACUUUCUAGUGAGAUCUGUGAUCUCUUGUCUCCUGCUCCCCUUCGGCUCAGGGUCCCGAAAGUCUGGCUCGUAGGAACCAAAUGACUGUCGACACUGCUGUGGGGCACGGGUAGAUCGAGAAGCUCUUCGCAGCCAGUGUAGGGAGGAGCUAGGGAACGCCCGAAGCGGCGGAGAGAAGUCGCGCUGUGAUGACGGCUAGUCGAUCUGCUACGACGGCCGCUGUCCCUUUAGGAAGCAGAUCAGCCGAGCUUAAUAAUUUUAGUGCCUUCUGUGCAAGAUCAAGGGUUUGUUUGUUUUUCGUUUUUUUUUUUUUUUGUGGAAAUACUUGAAUUGAGUAAUAGCCACUGUAACACUCUACUCCUUAACCAGAUGUCUUUUUUUACCUUCUUGCUUCCACUUUACCUGCUUCUGGCAGGGAACUGUCGGUCUUACUCUAAUGCGUCAGAAAGAGUAACCAAAUCGACCUCACAAAACCUCUGCAGAAUGAAAAAGUCUUACCUCACUCUUUCAGGCCGCUGUUUCUUUUUCCUCUUCCUCUGUGCUGAGUAACUCAGUCUCAACUACUACCACUCGUUGUCACAGAUGCACGAAGCAAUGCAACUACAACGUGAAAGACUACAUUAUUUUUGUUUAUAUUGUAAAUAUCUUGGUCAGAUGACUCAAUUCCAUGACAAGGCUUAUGUGUAAAUUCUAUUUAUUGGAGUGUCUUAAACUUUAACGAAAAGAAAAGAACGAGAUCGAAGUGGAAGUAUUUAUUUAUUUAUUUAUAGAAGAGCGAAUUUCUGCAAAGUUUUUCUCAUUCCACCACCGAAGGGCCCACAAAUUAUUUAAAUGUAUUUUUACCAUAUUUAAAGCCUUUUUGGAGAACGAUAUGUGUACAUAUUUUGUAAAUAGUCCUCGAAAGCACUUCCGUUUC